CAAUCAUCGAACUGCAGAUAUGAUUAUCAGUUCCUAAUCGUUUAUAGUUAAGGUCCCAAAUGCAACAGCACGUAGCAUCAACCCUCAAACUAUGUAUAUUAGUCAUCUUCUUCUUGUUUUUAAAACAAUCUUUUUGUUUGGAUCCAACUUCUUAUGAAGUCUGUGCCCCCAAACCGUGUGGUCAUGAUGGUAGGAGUAUAAACUUUCCAUUUUUCACUCCAGGCCCUAGAGCUUCACUUUGUGGGUACCCUGGUUUCGAGGUACACUGCUACGACAAUGGCUCCUUAGUUCUUCCGAUUUCAGGAAAUGACUACUUAGUUAAAGAUAUUCACUAUAGCAACAGCUCUAUGCGGUUGGUAACUGCCCAAAACGUUACAUGCCCCUCAGGACUCACAAACAUCACACUUGAUCCUUACCGCUUUCGCCUUUUCAAUGACUCGGUUACUCGUGAGCUUGUUUUUCUUAUGAAUUGCUCCAAGGAAUUACCGGAGAAUCUGAGCAGGUACAGGAUUGGGUCCUGCAACCCGAACAUUUUGUUGGUUAUGCUUAGCGAUGACAGGAAUUUGGAGAUGGGAAAGGAAGUUUGUGGUCAUCUAGUGGUGGCCCCGGUGCAAGUGCACUACGACUACGCUGGAAUUGGUAGACAACAGAUGGAGGUGGUGGACGGUGGAAAUUAUGCACAAGUGAUGAUGAAGGGGUUUAUGAUGCAGUGGGUUGCGCCGUAUUGUACCGAAUGCAAGCAGAGCGGUGGGAGGUGUGGUUCGAAUGGUUACAACUUGCAGUGUUUUUGCCCCUGGGGCGACCAGAUGCACGCAAUAAGUUGCCCAACUCGAGAAUACGGUACUGACCCAGGAAUGCUUCUUGUCCUAGUUGGUAUAGGACUUAUAUCACUUGUCAUAACACUUAUAAGGAAACUCAAACGGAGAAGAAAGACCAAUGUUAACGUAGAAAAUUUUCUAAAGAAUCAUGAAUUCCUAGAUCCAAAAAGGUACACUUAUUCGCAGAUAAAGAAGAUGACAAACUCAUUUGAAAUCAAUCUAGGACAAGGUGGUUUUGGUUGUGUUUAUAAAGGAAAGCUAAGCAAUGGAAACCUAGUGGCAGUGAAGGUUUUAAAUGAAUUAAAGGGUAACGGUGAAGAUUUCGUUAAUGAAGUUGCAAGUGUUGGUAAGACUUGUCAUGUAAAUAUCGUAAGUCUUGUGGGAUUUUGCUCCGAGGGCCAUCAAAGAGCUUUGAUAUACGAAUUCAUGCCAAAUGGAUCCCUCGAAAGGUUUAUAUAUGGCCAAACUUCUUCAAAUAAUAACCAACUUGGGUGGGAAAAGUUGUUCCAGAUUGCUAUCGGGAUUGCACGAGGCUUAGAGUACUUGCAUAGUGUCUCAAUCAUUGUUCAACAAAGUGGUAUCAGAGCCAAUAUGGUUUCAUACGCUGGAAAUGGUCUGCAACCUCAGUUACCCAAACUUGUUGGACAGAAUUGCCAUCACUGGAGUAUUCAGAUGAAGGUUCUUUAUGAAUCACAGGAUUUGUGGAAUAUUGUCGAAAACGGGUUUGUGGAACCAGAAGAUCAGAGUACUUUUUCAGCCCAACAAAUUACGGAACUUAGAGAAAACAAAAAGAAAGAUAGGAAGGCUUUGUUCUUUAUCUUCCAAUCUGUAGAUGAAGCGAUAUUUGAAAGGAUUUCGAAGUCUACAACAUCAAAACAAGCAUGGGAUUCUUUGUACAAAGCCUAUCGCGGUGAAGAGAAAGUAAAAAUGGUUAGAUUACAAACUCUUCGAUGUGAAUUUGAUAAUUUAAGAAUGAAAGAUUCGGAGUCCGUCGAAGAUUACUACAAUCAUGUUAUUCUACUGCUUAAUCAAAUGAGAGUUAACGGCAAAGAAAUUCAAGAUAAACGUGUGGUUGAGAAAAUCUUAUGA